UUUUUACACCCUCCGAUUUACUCCAGUUCGGUUGUCUACAUGUAAGUCUAGAAUGACAUAACAGAACAAAACUUUGACUGGCAUGAAUUAUGCCCUAUGUCAAUUACAAGCCACACAUCCGACUGCAAAACCGAUGAGCUCGAUGAAGAGAGAGAAUUGCUAAUGGAGCAACGAGUGAAUAAUCGAUUAGUCUCAGGCUCUCGGCUGGUGCAAUAUAAUGUGAGACCUCUCUCCAUUCCCACCGGCCAAACUCACCGGAAAAUGACGGUAUACCGGAAUUCGUCUCCCGGCUUCCUCGCCGGAAAGCAAGUGUUUCCGGUCGAUUACGCAGCCGAGGUCUCGCAACGGCUCGUCGACGCUUCCCACGCCGACGACCUCAACUCGGCCCUCGAGUACGUCGCCGACCCCUUCGUCGACGUCAACUUCAUCGGAACAGUGUGCUUGAAGACGAAAAGGACAGAUGUUGUCUUGCACGAUGAGUCGGCCAACGAAGUUCGUUUCGAAUUCGAAGAGUUCAAGACGGAGGUCACUGCUCUGUUCCUCGCAGCUCAUGCCGGAAAUCUGACACUCGUCAGAAAAUUACUGAGUGUUGGAGCCAAUGUGAAUCAGAAGCUGUUCCGGGGCUAUGCUACGACAGCGGCAGUGAGGGAGGGCCAUAUUGAGAUAUUGGAGAUGCUUUUGAAUGGUGGAGCAUCUCAGACAGCAUGCGAGGAGGCUUUGUUGGAAGCAAGCUAUGUGGGGCAGACCAGGCCUGCUGAGCUGCUCAUGGGUUCCGACAUGAUCCGCCCACAUGUUGCUGUGCAUGCUCUUGUCACGGCAUCCUGCAGAGGGUUUGUGGAUGUUGUUGAGACACUCAUCAAGUGUGGAGUCGAUGCUAAUGCAACUGCGCGGGUGCUGCUUAGGUCUUCCAAGCCGUCUCUGCAUGCCAAUGUUGACUGUAAUGCGCUCGUUGCAGCCAUCGUUAGCAGGCAGAUUUCUGUUGUCAGAUUGCUGCUACAGAAGGCUGGUGUUAGAACAGACGCAAAAGUGAGACUGGGAGCCUGGUCAUGGGACACAGCUACUGGAGAAGAAUUUAGGGUGGGUGCAGGGCUAGCUGAGCCUUAUAGUGUCACCUGGUGUGUAGUGGAGUAUUUUGAAGACAGUGGUGCUAUCUUGUGCAUGCUCUUACGCCACCUCUCCCCUAACAUCCCUCAUUUUGGGAGGACCAUCAUCCAUCAUGCCAUCCUAUGUAACAACGCUAAAGCAGUCAAUGUGCUUGUGAAUUGUGGUGCUAAUGUAGAGUUCCCUGUUGAAACAGAUGAUAAAACAGAGUUCCGCCCUAUUCAUUUAGCUGCACGGCUUGGGUUUGCUGAGGUUCUCCAACAAUUUAUCAAUGCUGGUUGUAAUCUCAACUCAAAAACAAAUUCUGGCGAUACUGCGUUGAUGAUAUGUGCAAGAAAUAAGUGUGAGGAGUGUCUUCAACUUCUGGCAUUGGCAGGUGCUGAUUUUGGUUUGGUUAAUUUGGCUGGUCAGUGUGCCAAGUCAAUUGCUGAAUCCAUGUGGUUGGCUCUUGGCUUCCAACAAGCAGUUCUAGAUGUAAUCCGAACUGGGGUACCUUUUGCCAUUCCAAAGUUGAAUGGGCUUCCAUUAUCUCACUCUCUCUAGGUGGGAGGGACUUGAAAGAAUGAAUUUGGGUGAAAAGUCCAAACAAUUUUGGGAUCUCCUUUCAAGCCCAACAUCUCUUUUUUUAAUAGGAAAUAAUCUGUAGAGGCUAAUAAAAAAUAAUAUAUUUUUACAAGAGGUCUCGAAUUUAAGACUUGAUUGUAAUCAUUGUAGUACAUUUUUUUUUUCUUUUCAAUAUAAUUUGAAAAAGAUUUUUUUUAUUUUAUUCACUUUUUCAUGUAAGAGUUGUGUGAAAUAUUACAAUUUUACUAGCUCAAUUGCUAUUGUGAUAAAUAUUACAGUUGGUUUUUAACAUCCCAUUAAAUGUGAUGGAUGGAAUCAGAGAAUUUCUCACAAUGUAUUCAAUGCAUUGGAGCACAUUGCAAUAAUACUAAAUAAUUACUUUCUAUUAUCAAA